AUUAUUUUUCACCCAGUAAGACCAACUUCGUCUUCUGCAGUAUGAAACCUCCUCUUGAUGUUCUAAGCCGAGUGCAAGAGCCGAUGGGGAAGAUAUCCGAUUUUCUCCUUCUAACUGGAUGGAGUAUAAAGUACCUCUUAACCGGGAUCGGCUCGCUGAAGGUCCGCUGGAGCACAUUUCCACGAAGACGAGAGGAGAGAGGUGAGGAACUAUUGUCACGAUGUUGGCCAGUCCAGCUAAAGGAGAGGAAAGAAGAGCAUAGUAUCGUUGGUAUCAACAAAGUUUAUUGGAGGUUCCAUUGGAGGUUCCCCAUACCAUAUCCUCUGAAAACUUGAAGAAGCGAGUCUUUCCAUUAGGUGGGCGACUGCAGAAGAACCAACGCAGUGCCAAAGACCCGUGGAAAAAGAAACUGAUCCAUUCAAGAACCUAAAGGUGUGUUUGAACCUCCAAAGGGAUUGGUCCGUCUCAAAUAAGGGGUCCUUAAAAAAGUUCCAUUCCAUGUGAAUUAACGAAUAACAAACAAUCACUUGGGCGAGAAGUUUGCCCCUAUUGGAACGUGCAGCUUGUCUGCCGGUGAAGGCUUACUGGAUCUCCACCUUGCCCACAUACAACUCAUUCGUCGACAACAGAUCCACGUGUUUGUUUUCCACCUUUGGCCUUGGUAAUUGUAACAAUGCGAGGCAGGCUUUGCAUUGGAACAUUCUUGUGCUUGUUGGUGUGGCAUCAAGUUUUAUCAGACGUAGAAGUGGACCAAAACGUCACUUUAGCAACAACACUAGAACCACAACCUGUCCAGGAGGAAGUCACUGACAGACCCAACGAACACACUACUGCCCUCAAUAUUCUGGAUUCUCUUCUCCAACAUUAUGACAGGAGAGCCACGCCUACAAACCAUCUGGGAAAAGCAACAGUGGUCGAUUGCAAGCUCUACGUACGUAGUUUGGGAUCCAUCAAUCCGGAUACAAUGGACUACCAAGUGGAUCUUUAUCUCCGACAACAUUGGUUCGAUCCACGGCUCAACCAUCCUCAGUUGAACGAGCCAUUGGACUUGAAUGAUCCCAAUCUAGUGAAGGGGAUCUGGAAACCAGAAGUCUACUUCCCCAACGCCAAAGAUGCUGAGUUCCAAUAUGUGACUGUUCCCAACGUUUUGGUUCGGAUUAAUCCGGGAGGCAACAUUCUCUAUAUGCUCAGACUGAAAUUGAAGUUCUCCUGCAUGAUGGAACUCUCCAAGUUUCCAUUGGAUGAGCAAGUAUGCACCAUGGAAAUAGCGUCAUUUUCCAAAACUACGAAAGAACUGAUCUUGCAAUGGAAAGAUGAAUCCGCCGUGGACAUCUCCAAUGAGGUGAAGAUGCCCCAAUUCGAGAUCUUUAAGGUGAUUGCCGCCAAAUGCCAAGAAACGUUCCACAUUGGCAACUACAGUUGCUUGUUGGCUGAACUGCACUUGAAGCGAUCUUUAGGCUUCCACAUGGUCCAGUCCUAUUUGCCCACCAUUCUUAUUGUGGUCAUAUCUUGGGUUUCAUUUUGGAUGGACGUGGAUUCCGUGGCCGGAAGAACGACUUUGGGUGUGACUACGUUGCUCACUGUUUCAAGCAAAGCCUCGGAUGUCCAAGCGGAGGUUCCCUUGGUGUCAUAUGUCAAGGCUAUCGACAUAUGGAUGGGAGCUUGCACUGGAUUUAUAUUUGCCGCCCUAUUGGAAUUCACCUUCACCAACUAUCUGUGGAGACGUGGUAGAAGGGGUCACACAAGCCGACACUUCAACAAAGAAAACCAACUAAGUAAAAGCAUUCGUACCCCCUCUCCUCCAUCGUUCUCAGAAAAUGGAGGACGAGGCGAGCUGGGGCUUCAUCAAGUUCGACGGCGUCCAAACGGAGAGAAUGAACCUGCUGACAACGAGUGCGGAGAACCAAAUGGGAACAUUCAAACUGAAGUAAUUUCUCGCGGUGCUGGCGAGUUUGUCCGUGUCCUUCUUCGAGAUGAGGAUUUGGGUCGAGAAGAAUUUGCCGAUCGGGGACGAAAUUCGAACACUUACCAUGAUAUGUCAGACUGCAUUCUAGCCAUCAAUAUUGACGAAUGGUCGCGAACGGUGUUUCCCUUCAUGUUCUUUCUUUUCAAUGUAUGCUACUGGACUUAUUACAGUCACUGGAAUGUUCAUUAGGUCAAGUUAAAGCUCUUCCCAAAAACUCGGAAAUUCGAGAGGGAAGAGAGGGGAUCAUACUAUUAUUCCGAGGAAGACGAUGAAGAAGGUUGUGACUGACCCCUCAAGAUGAUUGUAAGUUGACUGUCGUUUUACGGGAUCUUCAUUGAGUUCAAACGAAGACCAAGGAACGUCAGAAGAGAUGACGAGAUCAGCUUCGAACUCUCACAAACUGCUUGAAAAACCUUCUUGUUGAGAUCCUGUGUGGAAUGUCAAGAAGAAAGUGAUGGAGACAGGAAAUGUACGUCUCAAUCUGAAAAUAGAGAAUGCAAUAUCUUAAUUAUGGCUCAAGUUGUUACUCUUACCCGUUCCCAGAGGAUUUUCAUUGUCUUAGAUUGAUAUUACUUCACGCAUAGACUAAUGCACUACAAAUAUUGCUCAGUUCAAGCUUCACAACAGAGAAAUGAUUACCAACUGUCGGAUUGACCAGUUAACUUAAUUUUGAACGAAAAUAUAAAAAUAAAACCAAACAUGACAAGACUCAAUUUAUGUUGUU